GUGUAUAUAUAUAUAUAUAUCAUUCCUUCAGUAGUACCACAGAAGGAAGGAAUUAAGUCUUGUUUCUGUAGAAAACACAGGCUGAGAGAAAAUCUUGGCCGACAACUUUGACAACUAGAAAACAGCUGAUAUUUAASAARAKAMAUAAAUGAUUCAAGGGUUAAAAUCUGGUCUAAAUUACAAGAAAGUGAAUAGAAAAUAGUUUUUUAAAUCAUUUCAAUUUUACCCAUUUUUUGUGCAAGUUGGGYUAAGGUUAAUUUCCAAUUGUCUGUACAAUGUGUAUUUUGUUUGAAAUAAAAGCUGAUCAAAGCUUCAACUAUCCUCUGUGYUAUAAAAAGUAGACAAGGRAAAAUCCUGGCUUAAAUUUGUUUACCAAAACUUUUAUUURACUAGGAGAGAAAGAAGUUGCGUUAAGUGMGUGAGUCAAACAUUUGCUGCUGACGUUACCUGAAGGGGAGGGAUGAUUAAAAAACCCUUAAAUUAGCAGAACAACAGCGCUGGCAGAUCAGAGGAGCUGUGGACGUGCGAAGAUGGAGAACAAGGACAGAGGCGAACUCUGCUUUCCACAACAUCUCAACACCUCCUGCAGAAAGCCGAGACCCGCCUGGUCUGAGGGCGUCGUCCUGAACUUUGUCAUCUCUCUGCUGACUGUGAUGCUCAACUUGCUCAUCAUCAUCUCUGUCUCCCAUUUCAGGCAGCUCCACACUCCCACUAACUUCUUCAUCCUCUCUCUGGCUGUGUCUGACUUCCUGGUCGGCCUCCGGCUGAUGCCUGUGGAAAUCUUCAGGAACACAACCUGCUGGUUCCUGGGCCUCCUAUCAGAGGGGCCCAUUUACUYCGUUGUUGAGGUUAAUGUGACCAGCACUGCGUAUGCCUCGUUUUUGAUCUUUGUCUUUUAUUUUAACUCCUGUCUGAACCCUUUGAUCUACGCCCUGUUCUACCYCUGGUUCAGAAAAGCCAUCAGGCUCAUCGUCACUCUGCAGAUACUGCAGCCUGACGCCAACAUACUGUAG